AUGAGAAUGGUCCUCCACCAAUGCAGGAGGUCUAGUCUGGAGGCCCCGGUGUAUGAAGUUCUGGAGGCCAGGGGAGGCACAGUGACUCCGUCGCCGCCGACGACCACCACCAGCAGUAACUGCGGCAGUUCUCAGACCAGCUCUGACCUGUACAGUGAGAUCCCUCCUCUCUCCGCCACAGACUCUCCCUCAAGAGCCCCUGUCGUUACCACUAAUACAACAACAAUCCCCUCCCUCCCUUCCUUCUACGACGUCAUUCGACCACACGAUGAAGAUACAGGCGCUGGGACCGCUGCAAUGGGGGAGAGAGAGUCUACUACUGAGUCUGAAAUGAGUGAGAGAGUAAAGGAAGAGAAGGAGAGAGAAAAGUGCGUUGGUGGUACCACUGCAGGGAGUUGCAAGAAAGCUCAUGAGCCAAACGGUGGAAACGUGUACGAGAUAACGGACCAGAAGUCGGGAGGAGAAGGCAAUCUGUACGAGUCCGUCUCGGAUCCGUUCUCGUUGCUGGAGGCCAGUGGGGAGUACUCGACGUUGGAACAGAGACGUGGGUACGCGACUCUGGAGCCCUACAUGGGAACUGGAGGGACUCUGAGGCUAAAGCAGCUGGGGAAGAGGGAAGAGAAGGACGGUGGGGGAGGGAGGUGCCAAGGAAGAGGAAGAAUACGCUCACUUGAACCACUGAAUUUUCACUUUGAUUAA